AGCCACACAGAGGGCAUUAACAGGCUGCAGCACAACUUUACCACAAUACAACCAAACGCACCUCGACUAGAACGACGAGGACUAAAACAUGGACCUCCACAGGACCAGUAUAUUAAACCAAAUGGAUUACAGUCGGGACUCAAAAGAAGGGAAGGCGACUCAGUCGACGGACGACAGGCUCGACAGCGGCCUGGAUUCCCUAAAAGAAGAGGAGUACCAGGCUGUGGCGGCCGAGAUCCAUCGGCUCCAGCUGGAAUGUGAGCACAAACAACCGCGAGCCGUGGUCAAAGAGCCACUACAGGAAUGGCAAACACAGAUCACAGACGAGGGUGACACACUGCUCCAUCUUGCCAUUAUCCAUGAAGCCAAAGAGUACAUAAAAAGAAUGAUAGAGCUGUCUAAGAACACAGACUUCCUCAACACACAGAAUGACCUGAGACAGACUCCCAUCCACUUAGCAGUAAUCACGAACCAGCCAGAUGUGUGUCACAGUCUCCUUGUGUCUGGCUGCGACCCCACACUGGUGGACGUCAACGGGGACACACCUCUUCACAUUGCAUGUCGCCACGGUAACCUGCAUUGUUUCAGCGUCAUCACGCAGAACUGCCGGCUGGAACAUCUACACUCAGUGAUGGCAGCUUGCAACUAUAAUGGUCAAAACUGUCUCCACCUGGCUUCAGUUCAUGGCUUCCUGUCACUGGUGGAAAAAAUGGUGGAUCUCGGAGCUGACAUUAAUUCAAAGGAGCAGCAUAACGGUCGCAGUUCGCUGCAUCUCGCCGUGGACAAGCAGAACCUCUCCUUGGUCAAACUACUGCUGACGAAAGGAGCAGACCCCAACCUCCUUACCUCAGGAGGACAUACCCCCUAUCAUCUCACCUACGGUUUAGACAACUGCGACAUCAGGAACGAGCUGUACCCUCUGACCCACCCUGGACUGAGGGAGCUCCCGGACAGCGACUCAGACAGCAGCGAGGAAGAGGAGGAUGAGCAGUCUGAUGAAGAGGUGGGUUAUGACGACAUUCAGUGGAACGGACAUUAGCAGGAAACCAGAGCGUAGAAGUUACAGAGGCACGAGCCAGGAUGGUGAUGACGACGGACAAAUAGCUCAGCGCGUGUAUGAUGUCUACGCUGUCAUGCCAGGACGAUGGCAGCGUGGCUGAUGCGGCGAAGGGCGCAAGUGCUACUGAAAUAAAACAGGGUUCUAGCUGCAAAGACACAUCAGAGACUGCCGGCUGCAAGAGGGAAAACACACAAUCAUGUGUGACAUUGUAACAGGGUUGCUGUGUGAGGGGAUCAUUUGUACUCUGUGGACACUGCAAAAAAAAAUCUUCCAUAUGGAAAACCUGUAACAGCUCUGUUGUAUGAUACUGUAAAUGCUGUGUAUAAAAAGAUGUAUUUUUUAUGGAAGCUGUGAAUGUGUACAGUUGAGCAGGAUGUAUAUGUCAGACAAACAGCAAACAGUUUCAGCACACUCCAGUUAAAUUAAAACACUCAUAUUUAAGAAUUAA